CAGAAGACUUGGUAAAUAAAAGAAUCUACCCAGUUUUUGCCAUUUACUCCUCUCUGCCAAGUGAUCAUUUCAAAGGUUCACAAUGUCAAGACAACAAACAUGUGAUUCCAUGACAUUCAGACUCAUCUCCAACAUGGAAAGGCGCCUUAAGUGCCUUGUUAAUGAUCAGAAUGUUUCAUAUGUGUAGGAUCUCAAAGAAUUUUUUUGCUAAACCGAGGACAGAUCUCACUAUCCAAGCUGUUGAGGAGUUUAC